AUGGCCAGCGCACUGUAUGCAGUGCACUCCGUCAGAUUUCUUGGCCAUCGCUCCGCUCUGGGACGUCUAUGUAAGCCUGGUAUCGCUAUCAGCUCAACCACAUCGUGUUGUUUAUAUCCGCCCACUAGGCGGAUGAUCACAACAAACAACCCACCGUCCAGGGCUCUUCCCAACAGAACCCGAUCGGCAUCCGUACAGGACAGCCUGAUCUUUGGCAACAUCCUCAGCACACCAGAGUCCGCCCGGAUAUGGAACGACCAGACUCGAACACAGUACUACCUCGACUUUGAAGCAGCCUUGGCAAAAGCUCAAGCCGAGUUGGACAUCAUCCCUCGAAAGGCAGCAGAUCUGAUCGUGGCACAUUGCAGGGUGGAGAAAUUGGACUUCAAUGAGUUAAAGAAAGCGACCGAGCUCAUCGGCUACCCGAUCCUCGGGGUGGUCAAGCAAUUGGUGAAGCAGGUGAAUGAUGUCGAGGCAGGACUGGGAGAGUAUGCGCAUUGGGGUGCGACGACACAAGAUGUCACCGAUACUGCAACGGUGCUGCAAAUUCGGGACACGCUCAAGCUGGUGGAAACCUCAUUACAGAAGACUAUCGCCGCCCUGAAGGCGUUGGCGAUCAAGCACCGGACCACACCAAUGCCAGCCAGAAGCAACCUCCAACAAGCAGUCCCCAUCUCCUUCGGCUUCAAACUCGCCCGCCUACUAGCCACCUUCUUCCGCCACCGCUACCGCCUCGCCAACCUCCGCAGGAGCCUCCUCACCCUCGAGUUCUCCGGCGCAGCGGGCACGCUGGCUACCAUCCCACCCACCUCCUCCCACCCCGAAUUGGGCCUCGACGUGCAAAGCCUCCUCGCCAAGCACCUCGGCCUCGCACCCCCAACAAUAGCCUGGCAUACCGAACGCGACACCAUCGCCUCGUACGGUUCUUUCUGCGCUCUCCUCACGUCCACCUGCGCUAAAUUCGCCCUCGACGUCAAACUCAUGGCCCAGACCGAAGUCGGCGAAGUCUCUGAGCCCUACGUCCCGCACCGCGGCUCAUCUUCAACGAUGCCCCAGAAGCGAAACCCCAUCUCAUGCGCAUACAUCACCGCCAUGAACGCCACCGUCCGCCAACUGUCAGCGAGUUUGUUCGAAGCCAUGGUGGAAGACCACGAGCGGAGCACAGGGCCAUGGGAGAUCGAGUGGAUCGUAUUGCCACAGAUCAGUACGCUGACGCACGCGACGGUGGUCAAAACGCAGGAGUUAGUGGAGGGUUUAGAAGUCCACGCCGACGCUAUGCGGCGCAAUCUAGAUAUUACGAAGGGUGCCGUAGUGAGCGAGGCGGUGAUGAUGGGAUUGGCGGAGAAAGGGCUGGGACGGCAGUAUGCGCAUGAUUUGGUGUAUGAGGUUUGCCAACGGGCGGCAAGAGAAGGCAAAGAGAUGAUUGAGUUGUUGUGGGAGGAUGAGCAGGUCAGAGCGGCGGUGGAGAGGGAGGAACUGGAAGGGCUGUGUGAUCCGGGGAAUUAUCUGGGGUACAGUGCUGUGAUGGUCGAUCGCGUUGUGGCGAUGUGCUGA